AUGGUGGAUGCCGUCAGAAGGGCAGUCGAGAAGCCGACGAGCUGUUGGAAUGGUGCGGAUGUGGCUCAAACCAAGGGGAAGGCAUUCCGGCGAUGGUGGCACAAGAGAAUGGGAAGAGAAGGGCAGUUUAUUCGUUCCAGCAGCAAGUCGCCAUUUCCGUCGUUGUUUGACGAGGCAAGACAACUGGCCACAGAGGCCACUGGGAAACGGAACAGUAGUAGUGCCAGUGGGAAGAGGCCGCGCUGCGAAUCAACCGCCGCGGCCGCAGUUGCAGCUGCGUCUGCCGCUUCCAAUUCCAAUUCCAAUCUCAAUCUCAGUCUCCUUACACCAGACGACGCAAACUCAAACACAAACUCCAUUCUUCCAAUCACCACGGAGUCUUCAGCCUUCUCUCGCAGCCAUCCUUCAUCGCGGGCGCUUGAAAAACAAUCUGUCAAAGAUGCACAUUAUCCGUCAGCAGUAGCGUCUCGAUCUGCUGCUGCAAGUGUGCCAGACCCGUCCCCGUUGUUGACGUUGCCUUAUGCCGACCUCCCGCCUGUCAUCUCGCACUCGCCCUUCGACCUGACGCCGUCAUCUUCGCAGGCCCAGGCCCAGGUCCAGGCCCAGAGGAGGUCUUUCCUCGAAGCGUUGCUGACCCGCCAGAAAAAAGUCGCUCCUCCUGACAAUCGUUCGGCCACUUCGCGCGUACUAAAUCCCAUCAACUACGUCCCUCGACCUACGCCCGUUCGAGUGCAGCCUCCAUCUCGACACCAGCGCCGGAUCUCACCCGACGUGGGUUCUGGCGAAGUCCAUACCCUCCUUACUCUCCCGCAGCAACGUCGAUCGCGCCAGCACUCGCCGACCGACCCUAUUGUCGAGCAUAGUCCACAUCUGCCACCCCAAGCUGGAGAUCGGACCAGCAUUGGACUCCCGGCCAACCAGCAACGUGGCAAUAUUCCCGAAACUUCUCGAGUCGUGGGACAGAUGGUGGAGUCGGAGAAACAGGAGUCUGAUGGCUUUCGAGAGCCGGAACGAGUACACAUUCCUACCUCCAGAUACAACACGCGACAGUCGGAAAUACAGCAGAAUCCCGCGGUCUUAGGGCAAAGCUACGGACUCAAUCCUCUCGACCAGCCUUUACAACCUCCUCGACACAUCAUCUCGCAUCGUUCGCUUCGACACACUCAAUCUGUGGCUUCAAUACAUUCUUCUGCUUAUGUGCGAACAAACUCGGAGGUUGCCCAACUGCCCGGUUCACAGGAGGAAGUCGGUCAAGGCUAUACUGAGGGCGACGAAGGCAGUGUUGGGGAAGAACUUGCAUGGGGACCGUCGCAUCCAUGUUUCCCGCACUUGAAUCCACACGUUCCUGUCAAUUCGCCGGAAUACGUGGCCACGCGAAUCAUCCGGGUACGAAGAGAUUGGAUGGUCGUAGGUGACCUCGCCCCGACCUUCUCCAACAUCUAUCCUGAAAUUCUCGACCCAUUGAUGCAGGAGCAAGAGUUCCGCUACGUUAUCGAACACAUCAACCAGACUCUGGUUCGAGCGUACAAUCCUUUCUCGGCAUGGAAUUGGUUUGAUGGGUUGAUGGGUUUGCUCACUGGUUGGUUCUGGGAAGAUUUCCGGCCGAUGGGCAUCAAAGGGCAAUUGAAAGCACUCGAGCAAUGGCUGGCAGACUGGAACCAUACUGUGGGAGCCAGAGAUGGAGUGAAGAUCAUUCCACUUCGCCGGACCGGCUAUAUGAAUGUUGAUAUUCAAAUUCCUGACCCACAAGUGCGAGUUGUCGGGGAAGAUGAAGAAUCCCAACCUCCACCUCCGACGGCAGCGCCUCCAGAGACUGCAAAUGAACACGGGAGGCCACUUCAAUAG